AUGAUCCAUUCAAAAAAAUUCAUUCUGUAUAGCUUUUUAUGUUCUCUUCAUCUCCAAUUUGUGAUUUGUUCUUCAAAUACUCGUCAUGUCGACAGUUUCUUGAUUAGUUGUGGGGAAGCUAAACCAGUUGAACUGGAAGACGGUAGGGUUUUUGAAUCUGAUUUAGGGAAUAAUACCCAUGUCAAUAUUUCACCAAUUUCUCACACCAUUGUUUCUAAUUCCGAUAUGGGUGUCCCCAAAAUCCUGUCUUCUGCUAGGGUUUUCACUAGCAGUUCAAUCUAUACAUUUAAUACCCAGAAAAUUGGUAGGCAUUGGCUAAGAUUGCACUUCUACCCUGUCGAGAACACCGAGUUUGACCUAAAUUCCGCUGUUUUUUCUGUGGAAGCAAAUGGGAUCACAUUGAUUCAUGAAUUUUCAUUCUUUAGAGGAAAUCACAGUUUCCCUCUUUUUAAAGAAUAUCUUAUUCAAAUUACUAGCUCAAAUUCAGGAAAAUUGGUUCUGGGAUUGUUGCCUUGGGAUAACUCCAUUGCUUUCAUCAACGGAAUCGAGAUCCUUUCUGUUCCAAAUAAGCAAUUUAGCUCGAAAGUGAUUCCGAUUCCAUUAGCGUUUGCUCAGGAGCUCCCAACUCAUGUCGGUUUUGAGACAAUUUAUAGGCUUAACAUGGGUGGUCCCAAUUUGUCACCCAAGAACGAUUCUUUAUGGAGGAAAUGGGAAUCAGAUACACCUUUUCUCAUCAAUCCAGCCGCUGUUCGUAACGUUUCCAUAAACCCUAGUUUGAUUCAAUACCACAAUGGGGUUUCACACGAAAUCGCUCCAAAUUUUGUUUACGCCACUGCUCAAGAAAUGGCGGAUGCCAGAGUUAAUAACCAGAGGUUCAAUAUCUCAUGGCUAUUUCAAGUCGAAGAAGGGUUUGGUUACUUCAUAAGGUUUCAUUUCUGUGAUAUCGUCGGGUCAAAAUUACACGAUUUGGUGUUCAAUGUUUACAUAAACAAUCAAUCCGCCAUUGAAUCUUUUGAUGUUUCACGUCAAGCAAAAGGUCUAUCUUCUGCAUAUUUCAUUGAUUUUUUCACCAAUUUAUCAAUCGGAUCCGAUAAAAUCUUAGUUCAAAUUGGUCCUUCUCAUUUAGAAGGCUAUCUCCCAACCGCCCUUUUGAACGGAUUAGAGAUCAUGAAAAUGAGCAAUCCGAGUGAUAGUCUAGAUGGAAGACUCGCUGAUUAUCUUGAAUCAAACGACAUUGACAAAAGCAAGAAAACGCGGAUGAUGAUUGUGAUCUAUUCAUGCUUAGGUGGCGGUUUUCUUCUCCUUCUACUUCUAUUAACAUCAUUCGUGUUUCUCUUAUGUAUUCGCCACAAAAAGAAGCUGAAAAAGAAGGAUUCAGUAACAUGGUCGCCUCUACCAACAUACGUUGGCAAUUCAGGAACAAAAUUCUCAUCAAACACCUUCGGUUCCACCACAGCUUCACAUAGUUUAGGUCAAAUGAUAUCAUUCUCAGAAGUUUUAUGUGCAAGGCCAGCUAUAAACCCUACUUUACCAAGAGAACAAGUGAACAUAGCAGAAUGGGGUAUGAACUGGCAAAAGAGAGGUGAAUUGGAGAAGAUUAUGGAUGAAAAUUUAAUGGGUAGUGUCAAUCUUGAAUCUUUAAGGAAGUUUGGUGAAACUGCUCAGAAAUGUUUGAGUGAAAAUGGGAAUGAAAGGCCAUCAAUGGGGGAUGUGUUGUGGAAUUUGGAGUAUGCUCUUCAGUUGCAGGAGGUUUGUAAUGAAAGUGGUGGUGGUGAUGGAAUUUCCGACAUUCCGGAUCGGAUUCCCGAUGUUGAAAGAGUUGAGGAAAUCGAUGUCAGUGAUCUGGAAUCGAAUGGCACCAUGAGGGAUUAA